AAGGAUCUCUCACUUUGCAAGUUGUGUGUGUUCACCAUGGAACACUCCAGUUACCUUCUGGUACUUAUUCUCCUAGCUGCCGCAUUCCCACCUUUGGAAGCAUGUCCCCCAGAUUGCCACUGUCACGGAGGCAGUCUACAGCAUGUAAUUUGUUACAGCACAGGGCUGAAGAAGCUUCCCAAGGUGUCGGAGCAAACUCGCUUACUAAACCUGCAGCACAACAACUUUCCUGUGCUGGCCCCCAACAUUUUCAAAGAAAUGAAGGGCUUGGUGUCCCUGCACUUGCAGCAUUGCCAUAUCCAGGAGAUCACAAGUGGAGCCUUUCGAGGUCUUAAGAAGUUGGUUUAUCUCUAUUUGUCUCACAAUGAUAUCAGUGUGAUUGGUGCAGGAGCUUUUGAUGAGCUGUCUGAGCUUACGUACCUGUAUAUGGAUCACAACAAGAUCAUUGAUAUACCCAAAGGUCUUUUCUCACCACUCGCCAACCUUUUCAUCCUUCAGCUGAGUAACAACAAGGUCCGCGAGAUCAAAGCGGGUACUUUCACUGGGGCAAAGGAUCUGAGAUGGCUUUAUCUAUCAGAUAAUGAAAUCUCUUCACUUCAGCCUGGGUCACUGGAUGAAGUAGAGAACCUAGCCAUCUUCCAUUUGGAUGGAAACCAACUUAACACUUACCCACUGGCUGCCAUUAGCAAGCUGAGGGUGGUGGAGGAUUUGAAAAUAUCCCAAAACCCAAUAAAAAUUAUUCCUGAUUUAGCAUUUCAAUCCUUCGGGCGCUACAUGGAGUCUUUGUCCAUGAACAAUAUGGGUCUUGAAAAGUUUUCAGACAAAGCCUUUCUUGGAGUUAAAGCUCUUAAGAAUUUUGACAUUGGGGGAAAUAAACUAAGCCAGCUUCCUGCAAGUGCACCGUACUUGACCCUGCAGAAUCUGACAUUGUCUAAUAAUCCCUGGCACUGCUCCUGCCAAUUAGCACCUCUGAGAAGGUGGAUGGAUAACAGUCGUUUGCAUUCUGAUGCCACUUGUGCCAGUCCUCCACAGUACCGAGGGCAGCAGCUGAAAGACACAGGGGCGUUUAAAGGAUGCAAACCAUCAGCAAAGAAACCACGAAAAGGUGAACGGCGUUAAAGAGGUGACUGAACACAAGAACAAAUACAAAUGGGACAAGUACAGCAACAUAAUCCCGUGCAAAUUUAUCAGUAUCAAACGACAAAAUAUAUAUUAGACUUGUGCAUUUGGAAUGAGUGAGAAAUUGAACAUGUGGAGACAGAAGGAAAAUUAAAUGGAAAUAAAGUGAUACUAAGGUGUGUGAAGGAGACAUUACACAAAUGAAGCAUUCAAAGGUGGAGACAGAAAGUCGAGGAUCUGUAAGAAACCUGUUUAUAAAGACAGUUAAUGUUUUUUAUGGAAAAAAUAUGGAGGGAAAAUUAAGAUAUAUAUACAUAUACAUAGAGAGAGAGAAUAAGAGAGAGAGGAAAGGAUGAAAGCAGUGAAAUAUAAGUAUUUAACACCGCCAAAAAAAAAAAGCCAAUAGUGAAUACAAAUCUGUAAAAUGUAUAAAAAGGAGACAAAAAAAAUUGUGGUUGUGAAUGAGUGUAUAGUUGAGUGGCUCAUCUUUUCACGUUUUCCUCAUGUAAUAGGCUCAUAAUGAAUUGUCCUGAUAUUUGUAACCUUGGUGAUCAGCAAUUUACUGACUUCAAGGACCUUCCAGAAACUCCCAAAGAAAUAAACACAAUUUCCUAUUGCUUAAGCAUUUCUAAAUGCAACAAGCCCUCAUUCUGAGUUCACAUAAUCAACUGAUAAACAAUUUAAAUGAACUGUCACUUCCUAGAAUUUUUAUACAAUGUUUACUUAUCCCUAUAAUUAACAAAGAUGGUAUUUGUGAG